AUGCUUGGCUGGGCUCGUUGGAUUGCCUACAUCAACCCUAUCAACUACGGAUUUGAGUCACUACUUGUCAAUGAGUUCCAUGGCCGCAUCUUCCCAUGUCCUAACUAUGUCCCGUCCGGCCCCGGCUACACAGAGGUUGACUUCACAAAUCAUGUUUGUUCCACCGUCGGAUCAUUUCCAGCACAGCCUUUUGUCAAUGGCGACAGGUACAUAUCGUCAGCAUAUGGUUAUACCGCCUCGCACAAGUGGAGAAAUAUCGGGGUCAUAUUCGCUUAUAUGUUUCUCCUCGGUGCUGUUUAUCUAGUCGCUACCGACUUUAUCACUGAGAAGAAACCCAAAGGGGAGAUCCUAGUUUUCCCUCGGGGACACAAAGCCCUAAAGAAGAGUAGGGCUAUAGAUGACUUGGAAGAUGGAAAGGAGCGCAAUGUCGCCAUGGAACAAACCGAAACCGGGGACCUCGCAAUGAUCGAACGCCAGACGGCGAUUUUCCAGUGGAAAGACGUCUGCUUUGAUAUCAAGAUUGGGAAGGAGAAUCGUAGGAUUCUUGAUCAUGUUGACGGCUGGGUCAAACCAGGGACACUAACUGCCCUUAUGGGUGUCUCCGGAGCGGGAAAGACUACGCUCUUAGACGUACUCGCCACACGCACAACUAUUGGGGUUAUAAGCGGCGAGGUCCUCGUCGACGGCAGACCGCGUGAUGACUCGUUUCAACGCAAGACCGGCUAUGCUCAGCAACAAGAUCUACAUUUGAGUACUGCUACUGUGCGCGAAGCACUUGAGUUCUCUGCACUUCUCCGUCAGCCUACUCACGUCUCACGUCAAGAGAAGCUCAACUAUGUAACAGAGGUGAUCAAACUCCUUGACAUGACCGAGUAUGCGGAUGCUGUCAUUGGUGUUCCCGGUGAAGGGCUGAACGUUGAGCAACGUAAGCGUCUUACCAUCGGGGUAGAGCUAGCAGCUAGGCCCGCACUUCUUCUUUUCUUGGACGAACCAACUUCAGGCCUCGACUCACAAACAUCGUGGGCGAUUUUGGAUCUUCUGGAUAAGUUGAAGAAGAACGGGCAAGCAAUAUGUACGUGUUUAAUCUUUCAUUUGCGAGUGUCACUAACGCGAUGCUAG